AUGCGUUUUUUAUGUUUUUUCGUCGUCGCAUCUUUGGUCUUCCACGCACAAGGCGAGAACGGCUGCAAGGAUCUGCAAGGUCAAAACGUGGACUGGUAAACAAUUCUUCCGAUUACUUUCUAUCAAAACAUUGAAUAAGUACAUGGAAAUGAAACCAGGCGCUCGAGUAUAUUCAAAAGCUAUUUUAAAUUGCAAAAGUGCUAAUAAUAAGUAUAGUCCACUUAUAGUUUUUUUCCCUGAUUGCCCUUGUAACAAAAAUCUUUGAAAAGUUCGAUAGUUUGUAUGAAAAGGGUUUUUUUCUGCUCAACAGAUUUUAAUAGUGAACAGAGUUGAACUUUUUGCUUUUUAGUGUAAUUUUUACUGUUUUUGAACCCCAUGGAAAAAAUCUCUUUCUGACUAAUAUGGCUAGAAAAACGUUUCCCGUUUUGGAGGUGUAUGAAAACAUCCCUAUUCUGAGUCAUCCUCUCUAUUCCAACCCUAUUCUGAAGUUUUUAGGUUCAUCGUCUACAAAUUGCCGCAAAUCGCCAAAACAUGGGAAUCGGGAAACGAAUACGCCUACUUGGACGCAAACAAUAUAAACUGGACCCUUCAGACGGACAUUAACGAUCCUAAUAGAGGCGUUGGCCUGACCAUCAAACAGAUCUACAAAAGCGACAAGUUUUAUUGGAUCGAAAAAACCAUAGAAAAGGUCAUUCUGUAAAAAAGAGCCAUCAAGGUGAGAAAUAAAAAAAAAUGAAAAAAUAUUCCGAUCAUCGGCUCCUUGAUUUUGCAAACUCAUUUUUUUUUUUUGAAGAGAGAUUAAGUUCGGAACAUCCGAAAACAAUGCAUAAAGGACCAUUCUAAACUUUUCCUGAUCAAUGUUAGUGACAUAUUUUUUUAUGAGUCCAAUAGUACUUUUGAAACUCUCAGAUAAUUGGAUUAGUGGUUAUUGAAAAAGUUGGUUACAAUUUGAAAAUUGUGACAAGUCGCGCCAGAUGUUUUAGAAGCUAAAGUUUACUUUCUGAGAUAAUGGGUUGAUUGAAAAAUCUUUUUGUUGAAACUUGACGUACGAGCACUUCAUUCUUUGAAUAACAGUUAAUUUUUUUUACGCCUUGAUGAAUUCAAAAAUGUUCUAGAUGUAGAAAAAAAAAAUUAGUCAAAGAAAGUCAAAAGUCUGGUCUCAACUGCAAAAGAGCUGAAAAGUUCGAGAAGGUAAAUUAGUACUAGGGAUAUAAGAUAAAAUCAACAAAAAAAAUGACCAAUUCAGGAUGACUUUCACAUAAUGUACAGCGACGACGACCCAGUGGGCAAGGCAGAAUCUUACCGAGGCCACGCCAAGGGCAUCGCUCUCUUCGAUUCCUCAUCCGGUUUCUGGAUCAUUCACAGUGUUCCCAACUUCCCGCCUUCAAAAAGUUGCGCAACAUCAAGGCCGAAGUUCAAUCAGAUUGAGAAGAAAAUUGCAGGCUACUCCUACCCUUCUACGGCUAAAAAAUACGGGCAAACUAUCAUGUGCCUCUCAUUUAACGUCGCUUCUUUGAGUGAUAUCGCUGAACAAUGGCGAUUCAUGCAAGUCACGCCUUAUUCAAGCAACUUGCCGGACAAGUUUGCGAACAGGUUUGGUUAAUUUUUUGAGAAAGAGACAAGGAGCGCAUCUGAAAACGCAAAAAUUGUUCAUUUAAAAAUUUAAAUUGUUUUUUGUUAAAUUCGAGUUGAAACUGGCUUUUUCUCUUUUUAAUCUUUCUUAUUGUUCUAAGAAGAUAUUUAUAAAUGUAAUCAUGAAGGCAAUAAAUAAAAAUCAAAAAAAAAAAAUUAAAAAAUCAGCUUUUUAAGAUUUCCAACGCUUAGAAAUGUCAUUUCCAAGCAAUCCCUUUCAAAAUCAGCAGCCGAGUUCAAGUCUUUGAAAAGAUUGGUCACUCGGGAUGGCACUACUAUAUUCAGUUGCGCGAAGCAUAAAAAGUUCAACGGAGGUAAGGUAACUACUUUUUAAAAUAAAUUCCCGCGGAUUUCUUUUUGAGAUGUUUGGAACGACAUAAUCUCCCAAGAAAUGGGAGUGACAUUGGCUGUGGAAAGUUGGCUGAAUGGAAGCGGCGACGAUCUUCACUCUACCUGUGCCGCUAGAAGCCAGGUAUAUUCUUCAGAAGAAGGAAAGUUCCUGAAUAGCACAUUUCUUAGACGCACGACGUAAGGGAGGUAAAAGUGCUUGGACAGAAAUUCAAAAGCUCGAAAGACCAUUCAAAAUGGGGCGUCGCCGACAAGGCCAUCAAGCCUCUUGUUUGUAUAGGUGACAUGAAUCGACAGGUAUUUCUAUCAUUUUUUGGCUUUUUUGUCUGAAUUUGCAAAUUCCAGAAAUCUCAACUAAGCCGUGGCGGCGGCGCAGCAUGCAUAAUGAAUUCUCAAUUGUGGAGUGUAUACUAUAACCUUGUUGUGGACGUUGAACCGUGUAAAUCUGGUCACUUUUAUUUUGCAUGUUCAUCGGUUACUGUGAUUGUUAUUGCAACACUAUUGUCACAGAAAUCCAGCUGAAACAGUGGAACGGGAAAAGAAGUUGAUUUACAAGAGCUUGGCGCCAUUAUAA